CAAGGAGGAGGAUUAAAGAAAGGAAAAGCUAGGGAAAAGUUUGAAGAAUUAAGGUAUUAACCUUAUAACAACCUUUCCUUAACUUCUUAUCUACCAUACGAUUCAUAUAUCAUAUGAAGGACCCCUAGGAUGGAUCUACAUGUUUAGAAGUGUAGAAUGAGGGGUUGGAAGGUAGUUCUAAGUCCAAGAACGGACUUAGAAGCCAAAGUGACCGGUUCGCCGGAAAAUAACCUUUAGAGGUUAAUUGUAAUAAUAUGGGUUUUGUGAUGAUAAAACCUUGUUAGUAACUUGCCUGAGGUAUUCAAAGGACUUUCACGGAGUUGAAAGGGUCGCCGGAAUCGUCGCCGGAGUUCGCCGAAGUUCGCCGAAGUUUCGCCGAAGCUAAAUCGGGAAGGCUAGAACUUCUUAAGCGUCAUUAAGGUUAAGGCUAGAGUCUUACUACCUGCACCAUUGCCUAGGGUGGUUGUUCAAGAAGGGAGACGUGGUUUGUGCUUCCAUCCUUAUUUGAAAGUUAUAAACUACUCAUGGAUAUUUGAACAAUGUUUUUCUUCUAAAACAGUUGGGAGCAUGUGUGCUCGUGUUUGCCACGUGUGGCUAACUAUCAGACAUAUUAUAAUUCCACAUUUGUUUGAUUAUGAUAUUGAUGUUGAUUGUAUGUGUUUACUAAUCGGUUUGGCAAUAGAAUCUAUCGGACGCCUUGUAUAAUCCAAUAGGGAUGAACUGUUGUUCUUAUUGGGUUGUACGGCAGUUCUCUACGUGGCACAGAUGCGGUCCGGGGCGUGACAAGUUGUCUCCUAAAAUUUGGAGCCUUCGGCCAUAGGGCUGAAGGCCUAUGGUAUGCUUUCGAGGUGAAGCACACACGGUCUUCUGGGAUGUCCGAUAUGUAUGGAAAACUCCAGUGCCAAUUGCCUCAAGUUCAGUGGAAAACCAAGUUACUUUGAUUGUCAUCGCAAAUUUCUCCCGACAAGCCAUCGAUAUCGAAGGGACAAAAAGUCAUUCAUUAACGGAAGAGUGGUACGAGACCCCCCACCCCCGAGACGUACAUGCGAACAAAUUUUUAACUGGGUUCGACGUAUUCCUACGGCUGUGCAAGAGCCACAUAAGGAUCCAUAUGGGUAUUGUGAUACCCAUAAGUGGACAAAGAAAAGUAUAUUUCAGGAGUUGCCAUAUUGGAAAGAUCUUCUUAUUCAUCACAAUUUAGAUGUCAUGCACAUUGAGAAGAACGUCUUUGACAAUAUAUUUAACAGGGUGAUCGAUUUCAAAGACAAAACUAAAG